AAAGCCAGACGCGCAAAGAUUGCUCAUUUCUACGCAAAUACCCAAACCAGUACCAGUCGACGAGCAUCAGAACAUGGAGCACAUUCGAUUCGUUGGCAAAGCCCUCAGAGCCGUGAUCGUCGGCACUCUGCUGCUCCUGAUGACCGCCAUUUACCGGGAGGACAACAACUCCGGCUCCCACUACAUCCACCCAAGACACGCCAUGCAGUAGCUCCACGUGCUCCAUCUCUCUGGAGAUCGAUUCACCCUAGUCCGCUGCAAUCAAAUCGCUCGAAAGGGCGCCAGAAUAACCGGUUAAAGCCAUAUCAACUAACGUUAGGAUUUAAAAUAUAAUUAUGUACAAGUCAUCCCCUCGUAAAAUAGGGUAACUUGUCUAACUUACAUACGUGCUAUUAUGUUAACACCUAUAAAGAAUGUAUAUUAUUAGUCAUAGAAUAUUAAAUGCAAUGUAUUAAAUGAGCACACUUUGAGUAUCAA